CGGACCGCCGUGAGGACUGAGGGGAGCACCGCCCCUUCCUGCUGCAGUUAUGGCCCUGCGGGGGGCGCUGCGCCGGGUGACUGCGGCUUGUGGGGGGCGUUCUAGAAUGGGGAACAGCCAGACCGCUUUUGUAGGACUGUCCAAUGAUGCUGCUGUGAAUCAAAUACAGGACAUUAUUUCACACAACUGUGUGGUGAUUUUUUCUAAAACAACAUGCCCAUACUGCAAAAUGGCAAAAAAACUGUUUGAGGGUUUGAAUGUCAAUUACACAGCUGUUGAAUUGGACAUAAAUACAAACGGAAGGCAGUUCCAAGACGCUCUGGAACAGAUGACUGGCGGCAGAACAGUCCCAAGAGUGUUUAUCAAUGGGACUUGUGUUGGAGGUGCAACAGAUACUCAAAAGCUUCACGAGGAAGGCAGACUGCUUCCUUUAAUUAAUCAGUGUCAAAUGAAAGCAAAUUACUGAGAACCAUCUCUUAGCUUCGUCUUCCUUUGUAUGAACAAUUUCAGAUGAGUUCAGAAGAUCACAGACAAAUGGCAGGAACUGCACUCAACACCCUCAAACCAUGGCUUUCUGAAUUAUGGAUCACUCUGACAGAUUUUAUGGACUUGGAAAGUUACUUGGUGUCUUUGCCUUAGCUUUCCCACAACCCAGAUGGUCAUUAGCAAACAUUAUGUAACUCUUGGGGCUCUUAGUGAGCCAGUAAUGUCAUUUCUUUAUUACAACCUGCUCCAGGGAAGUCCAGGCUCUGCAAAAAGAAUUCUGUGGGUUUUGCUGCACAUUAGUUUAUUUUCUAGUUUUGUCUUAAUAAACUGUCAGUUUCAUUUAAUGGUUUCUUUAAAUAUAAUUCUUUGUCAAAUUAAAGUGUAUAGCAAACCCAGUUUGUAGUCAUAUUGCUGUGUGCACAUCUGCCUUGCUUGUAUUCCAGUGCCUGAUAACCCAGCUCCCAAAUCAUGUGUCCAGUGGAACAGAAAAGGGAAUAAAGAUUCUGGCAGCUUUA